UUCAAUCCCUUCUUAUAUCUCCCAGCUCACCACGUAUAUAGUUUCCAAUUCUUAUAUUCCUUUCCGCUCCAACCCUGAGACUGUAAAUACAUUCAAUGAAUGGUGGUCGGUUGUAUGGGCCCUGAUUUCCCCUGAUAAGGAUCGGUUGCUGAACGUACUCCUUCCCCCCCAAGGAUUGGUUCUAGGGGCAGCUAGACAUACCAGCACUCAGCAACAAACAGCCGCCCCGGGAGUCGGAUCUAGCGUCCCAAUGCGGAAAAGGAAAGCUUCCCAGCUGCAAACACCUCCGACCUCUGGGGCCGACCAGCAAGCUCCGGCGGCCCCUGGAACUACUAGGACGUCAACAAGGACCCGACCCCGAAUAGGUAAUUUUUCUGAAAACCGUGAACCAUUUCACUAUAUCUUAACUUUGAUUUCACUCAUUUCAUUCACCAGAACCGACCUUGGUAGCGCCGACCACACAAACGACGCCAGCCCCAGCCGACCAAUCAAUUGUCCCUUUGGUUCAGUCUCAGGCACUUCCUCUCCAAACCCCUACUCCACUUCUCGCUUUGCCAAUGAGCAGUCGGGCGGAGGACCCGACCGCCAUACAUGGCAUCAGACUCAUCCAUUUCGAAAGAAGAACCGGCUGCCCUUGCCGAAGCUGACCCUCAAAACAACAUCCCUACUGCUGCUAAUCCCGAAAUAGUCCAAUCGGAUGCGGCCGCGCUGGAAGCCGAAGAUACCUCAGCUGCGGCUGUCCCAGUUGCUCCUGAGGUACCGGCUGCAGUGGCCCUACUUCCAGCAAUCGAGUGGCAGGCAGAAGAACCACCUGUGGCAGCUCAACCUCCAGAAAUAGAAGAACUUUCUUCGUCCGAUUCGGAGACUUCUGUGAAUUUGGGACCCAGGUCGGCACCUCAACAACCAUUCGCAGCAGCCGACGAAUCGGCUGCUGCUAUACCAGCUGUCCGCCCCCCUCGACCGACCUCAUUGUUGCCUCCUUCAAUUACAGCAGUUCGCCCAGAGGGGCCUUCGGACUUAGCUAUCCUAUCGACUGUUCCGGUUCCAGCGGAAGCCCAAACUAUAUUCACCGAAGCCAUUAACCGUCCCCUUCCAGAAUUAAGAUCCGACUUCUUGGACAAACUCAUUCAGACGGUUGGUGGCCUUCUUUUUUACACUCCGACGGAAUCGCCAGCCGUCCCCAUUCUGCAUCGGCUGAUGGAGAGACUCACUGAGCUCAAGACUGAAGUAUUAGUUAUCGGACUCCUGUCAGCCGAAACGCCCCAGCCUGUCUUCGAUCAAACAACACUGGAGAAUUCUUUGGCUAAGACCCGAGAAUCUCUUCAGCAAACUACUGGAAGGUUGGGCGGUCUCCUUAGCACGAAGGCUCUAGUUGAUGAAUCCAUUCAGAAAAAGGAGGCAGAAUUGCAGGAGCUAAGGAAAGAACAGUCCAUCCUGGAUAGUCAAAUUGCCAAUGAGCAGCGUCUGCUUGAGAGGUAUACAAAGAACGAGGCCGAAUUGGAUCAAGAGCUGAAAACCCAAGCUCGAUCUCAAUUUAUCAGAAAAUAUCAAACGGCUGCUGAUACCAGAAGGCUAUCCAGGGAUGAGGUCAAAUGGACAAAUAUAAAAACUGCCCUAGGGGCACUUUUGUAAUACUUCCCCCUUUGUAACAUAAUUUGACUUAGUAAUAUAUUUUUCCUUCUUCUCUCAAAAUAAG